UAGAGGAGAGAAGAAAAAAAAUCCCGAGCCCCGACCAUUUCUUUCCAUGGAGAAGAGCCCGGAACGCGCCAGAGAAUUACUCACCUGGAUCCAAAAUGCAAUCAAGGCAAAAAAGUUGCGUGAUCCUGUCUUUACAGAAAAUAAAACGCGUAAUGCCUGGCCAUUUAACGAAUUCUUAAAACAAGAACCUUAUAGAACUAUACCUAAAAAAUUAAGAGAUUAUGGAAGUAAACACGCUUCCAGAAUUCAUGGUGGUAAGAAACCAACUCCCCAACAUCUUAAACUGCUUUCGAGAAUCGCAAUGAGGCAAGAAUCAGACCACUUUGAUGCAGGUGAUAAUUACACUAUAGACAAUACAGAAUCAGAAGAGUCUGACUCCGAACCAGAGACAAGCGACAGUUCAAAACCUCAAAUACAGGCUUUUUCGUCAUCUCAAACAAUAGAAAUGAAUUCAAUGUUAGCUGAAAUUGAUGCAAUGUUAGAAAUAAAUACCAGAAGGAGGGUCGGGUAG